AUGUUAAAGGGGAAGGUCACUACUCCACCUCAUUUGGUGGGGCAUCCUUCAUUCAGCUGGAAGGCCUUCGUCAAGCCAUCGGUCAGGAUCUGCACAAGCAGCCUGAGGCUUGAGCUGAACUUGGAGCUGCCUGGUGUCCCUUUGCACGGGAAGAGUGCAGGUGGCAAGGAAGUGGGUAAGCCCUUUUGCUACAUUCCCUUUGUGAGCAGUGCUACCCUGUGGGAGAGAGGCGCGCCUCAAAGAAGUCCUAGCCCUCAUUUUGAAAAAGCAGUUUCGCCUUGCUCCAGAUAUGUUAAUCAUAUGAAGAAUUUUUCUAUAUUCCAAAAUAUGGAUAAAUUAUAUUUGCUGCCAUUUCCAGAAUUUGCAGGGUUUCAUAAUCCACUGACAAGUAAAAGACUACUUUACCCUCACCAGUACAUAAUUCCCAACACCCCUGCGAGCACACUCUCUCUGGAUGAAGACAUUUGUGGAGAAGGCUGCCCUUGCUUGUCACCAUCCAGUGCAGUGGAUGAGGAGGGCCUGUUCUUUUCUGUCAAAGAAGAACUGCAGAAAAAAUCUAGAAGACCACUCAGGCAGGUCUGGGUCAGCCCAUUUGUGAAAAUGCAAGCUGCAAAUAAGGCUCUUAAGAAAUCAUACUCAGUGAAUACCAUUUCUCUGAAAGCUGAAGGAAGACAUAUACAACUCCAGAACCAUCCCUUGAGCAAGUCCAAAAGAGACCCUGGUCGUGUGUCGAGACCUUUCACGGCCAUUGGUCUCUGCAGGAGGGCCAGCCAGAACGCCUCUUGCCAGCAAACCAGCUCUAAGACUUCCUCCUCGCAAACUAAGCAGCAGGAUAAGGAGACAGCCUCAGAGUUGCUGACAAACACAGAUUUCCUAACCGUGUGCGGAAGUUCAUUAACAAGAGGCUCGGGUGCCACAUCACCAGAGAGGAUCCCCAGGAAUCCUCAUCUCCCCACAGAGUGGAGGUCAAAGGCAGCUUUCUUCUUCCGUACUCGUUCCCGUGCGGCCAAAGAGCCCCUGCCUCUGCUUGUGGGCUCUCCUACCCGUUUGUUUUCCUCCCCGGCCCCGCGGCCACCCCAGCGUUUCCAUACGACUUGUUCACAGACUGUGAGGCCAGUGGUGAAUAUGGUGGUGAAUGCUCAUUUACAAUGA